GGCGCGGCGGCCCUGCGCGGCCGGUCCUCGGGGAAGCGGAACCACGGCUGGCACGGAGGCGGCCUGGCGCGGGGAAGCCGGGGUCCCGCGCGUUUCCUUCCCCUACCUCCGGCCACCGGAAGAGUCGAACUGGGGCCCCAAGUGGGGGAGCGCUGGCCCUGCGACACCUUCCUCCUCCUCCUCCUCCUCCCGCGGUCGCGGCGGGAGAGCAGGUGGUCACCGCACAGGGAUACUUGGCUCGCGCGGGGCGAGCAGAGGGGGCCCUGAGGAGGCCCGGACCGGAAGCGGCGGCUGUCCUAGCUACCGGGGGUCCAACCGGCCCCGCCCCCACAAACCGCAGACUUGGGAGAGGGCCAGACCGGAAAUCGUUGUUUCCAUAGUAACCCCUGAGCGGGUUGCCUGGGACCUGACCCGUUUUGGUCUCUUUGAAUCUCGGCUGUAGCGUCAUUUCUAAUGCAGAUCUAACAGAUCCUGGACUGACGCCUGCCAUGAUUCCCGGGAAAUUCCGCUCUGUUUCUGGCCGGGCUACGAACAACGUGAACUGUGGGCUUCAUCUGGUUAUUCAAACAUCUCCUUUUCCUGAGAAAAACAAAGUUGAAUUAAGGCUAAAUAAAGAAACACCAUCAUUCCCUGGUCGACUCUUACAACAUGACCUUGAAAGAAACUACUCAAGUAGGCAAGGUGAUCAUAUUAAUUUGGUGAGCUCAUCAGUGUCAUCAUUUCACAUUCUCCAGCGUUCUUCUGAAGAGAAAAUUCUUUACUCAGACAGACUGACCCUAGAAAGGCAAAAGCUGACUGUAUGUCCUGUUAUCGAUGGGGAAGAACACCUUCGUUUAUUGAACUUUCAACACAAUUUUAUAACUCGAAUCCAAAAUAUUUCUAAUCUGCGGAGGCUAAUAUUCUUGGAUUUAUAUGAUAAUCAUAUAGAAGAAAUUAGUGGGCUUUCUACUCUCAGAUCCCUCCGUGUCCUUCUGUUGGGGAAAAACAGAAUCAAGAAAAUCUCAAAUCUGGAGAAUCUAAAAAGUUUAGAUGUCUUGGACCUUCAUGGAAAUCAGAUUGCCAAAAUCGAAAAUGUCAAUCACUUGUGUGAUUUGAGAGUUUUAAACCUUGCCAGGAACCUUUUAAGUCACGUUGAUAAUCUUAAUGGGCUGGAUUCACUAACUGAACUUAACUUGCGGCACAAUCAAAUCACUUUUGUGAGAGAUGUGGAUAAUUUGCCCUGCCUCCAACGUCUGUUUCUCAGCUUCAACAAUAUAUCUAAUUUUGAGAGUGUUUGCUGCCUUGCCGACUCUCCUUCUCUCUCAGACAUCACUUUUGAUGGCAACCCCAUAGCUCAGGAGCCAUGGUACAAGCACACUGUUCUUCAGAACAUGCUGCAGCUGCGCCAGCUGGAUACAAGGAGAGUCACGGAAGAAGAAAGGCGUAUGGCAUCUGUUGUAGCCAAAAAGGAGGAAGAGAAGAGGCGGGAAAGUCAUAAACAAUCCUUGCUUAAGGAGAAGAAAAGGUUAACAAUUAACAACAUAGCACGACAGUGGGACUUGCAACAUCGAGUAACCAAUAUUGCUGCAAAUCAAGAUAGAAAAAAUUCUGACCCUCCUUCUCUGGACCCCUGUCAGAUGGAUGGGAGCACCACCUCUGCAUUUCCAGAGGAAACAGGGUCUCUGGACUCAGUACUUACCAAUGCUUUACAAGCCUUAUCUGUCACAGACACGCACCUUGUUGAUGUGGAUGGGGACACGCUUUCCCUGUAUGGCUCAGGAGCACUGGAAUCGCUAGAUCGGAAUUGGAGCAUUCAAACAGCACGAAUGGUGACAACAGUGUCCUUCACUUUCAUAGAAUUUGAUGAAAUCGUCCAAGUGCUUCCCAAAGUGAAGAUGAAGUUCCCUAAUUCUCUGCACCUUAAAUUCAAGGAAACAAAUCUUGCAAUGCUACAACAGUUUAACGCAUUAGCACAACUCCAUCGUAUUGACCAGUUGACAAUUGAUCUUCAAGGAAAUCCAGUUGUCAAUUUUACACUCUGGAAAUACUAUGUACUAUUUAGGCUGAGCCAUUUUAAUAUGCAGAAAAUAAAUGGGACAGAGGUGACACAGAACGAUAUGAUAAUGGCUGAAAGACUCUUUGGAAUCCUAGCUCAUGUAGCAUCUUCUGAGUUACCCCAUUACCGUGUGAUUUCAAUUCUGGGUGAUGCCAGGAAGAAGCAAUUCCGCUAUCUACAAGAAACCAAGGGGAAAAAACAUGGUAUUGUUAAUGAAGAAAAUAAUGAUAGCAAAAGAUUUGUAGGAGAAAAUACAAAUCGUGCUAUGCUAAAUUAUACCACAAGAGACUUUUAUAAUGAGAAGCUAGAGGAAACAAAGGAAAAAAAGAAAUUCUGCAAAAUUUACAUAGAGGACCUUGUGAAGGAAGCCACAGAGAUCAGCAUGAAAAAAGAGGCCCUGCAGAAGCUUUGGCCACAGAUGUUCAUCGAGCUUGUUAGGGAUGCCGUCUUGGAAACUCGCAACAAAAAUUCCUACAUGAAGCUUUGCCUACAGCAGAUAGCUGACCAAAAAUAGAAAUGGCUUUAUAGUUACACUUUUUAGCAGUUUUUUGUUCUUGAAGGUCGAAAACGUGUAGUUCAAACAAGUUAAGAAAACAACAACACUAUCCUACAAACUAGGAUGCAUCACUAUAGCUCAAGUCAGGACGGAAAGAAGGAAUAGAGAGAGAGGCAAGCCCAGUUUCCUGUACGCGGUGACCAGACCACAGAGCCAGCUCAGCUGGGAGCAGCACUGCGCUCCCCUCCUGCUGGGCUGGUGCGCCCUGCUGCCGCCCGCCCGGCUGGAGUGUUACUCAGGUUCAGUAUGAGUUGCUUCUACCAUCUUUCAGCCGAUAAUUUCCAAUUAUUUGCCUUCCUGUUUUAUGUCAUGAUUUCAAAGCCAAAAACAUGUUAUUUUGUAUAAGUUUAUUAUUAAACGUAUUAAUAAAUUAGUAAACAACGUA